AUUAAAAAAUUUGCUAAUAAAAGACUCAGAGCAGUCUUUCUCUGCUCCUGAAAGUAUGUUCCUUUCCCAAAUAAUCUUGCUGUGGAUUCCUACUGUUAUAGUAUUCACAGCAAGUGCAGCUGAAUUUCAAACACACUCCUGUGGCCCCAGCACCACAAGACAAGAAAACACUGCUUAUUUUUUAAAUGUCAUCAAAGUCCUCGAAUCACUUGCUUCAGAUAUGAACGUAAACCCAGAAAAAUUCUUAACCCGGAGUGUUGGAACCGGUCAACAAGACAUGGCAUACGGGUUAUACCUUUGUCGGAAAGAUCUUACCCCAAAUGAUUGUCGUAACUGCUUGAUUAACGCUCGUAAAGACAUCAAAAAGUCAUGUCCAUUAUCAAAAGCUGCAGUCGCAUGGAGUGAUCACUGCAUGCUGAGAUACGCAAAUUAUUUGAUAUCCUCUAAGAUGGAGUCGGAGCCGUAUGUACCUGAGUGCAAUAAGAUUAACAUUACCGAAAAUAUUUCAGAACAAAGACGGUUUUGGGAUGAUACUAAGCGUUUGAUGGGCCGAUUAUCAAGCAAGUGUUCAGAGGAUGAAAACAAGUAUGCAUUUGACAACGUAACCUAUAAUGACACGACAACGAUUUAUGGAUAUGUUCAGUGCACACCAGAUUUAACACAUGAUAGUUGUUUGCAAUGUCUCCAAGUGAGUAUAGACCGUUUGGAAAAGAAUUGUUACGGUAGACAAGGAGCACGAGUUUUAGCUGCAAGUUGCAAUGUUAGAUUCGAGAUUUAUGAGAUCUUACCUCCCACGGCAUUAGUACCUUCAUUUGAUACUCCAGGGAAAAAGAAUACUUCAAAAAUUGUAAGUGCAGCCAUUGUUUCUGUAUUCGGUUUUCUUCUACUAAUCGCGGGUAUAUACUAUCUAUGGGUAAUGAAGAAGAGGCAUCAUCACAACACGUCUCGUGGUUUGAUUGAUGAAACUGAUGAGAGUGACAUGAUAACUGAGCAAUCGAUACAAUUCGAUUUGGGCGUCAUUGAAGCAGCAACAAACAGUUUUUCUAUUCAUCAUAAAAUAGGUGAAGGUGGAUUUGGAGGGGUAUACAAGGGGGUUCUUCCAAAUGGGCAAGAAAUAGCAGUGAAGAGGCUAUCGAAAAGUUCGGGACAGGGUGCAUUGGAGUUCAAGAAUGAAGUAGUGUUACUUGCCAAGCUGCAACACAGAAAUUUAGUCAGACUUUUGGGAUUCUGCCUUCAAGCUGAGGAGAAGAUUCUUAUCUAUGAAUAUGUUCCUAACCAUAGUCUUGACUUCUUCUUAUUUGAUCCUACAAAACAAGUGCAACUAGAUUGGUCAAAGCGUUACAAAAUAAUUGGAGGAAUUGCGAGAGGGAUGCUAUACCUACAUGAAGAUUCUAGAUUAAGAAUCAUUCAUCGUGAUCUCAAGGCUAGCAACAUCUUGUUAGACGAAGACAUGAAUCCUAAAAUUGCAGAUUUUGGAAUGGCAAGAAUUGUUUUCGGAAAUCAAACACAAGCAAUGACAAAUAGAAUAGUUGGAACUUUUGGGUACAUGUCACCAGAAUAUGCAAUGCACGGCCACUUUUCCGUGAAGUCAGACGUGUUUAGUUUUGGUGUCUUAGUUCUUGAGAUUAUUAGUGGCAAGAAAAAUACAGGGAUCUUUCAAUCAGGCUACACGGAUCUUCUAUGUCAUGCUUGGAGUAAGUGGAAGAAUGGAGAACCAAUCGAUAUACUGGAUCCGAAUGUAGUGGACUAUAUUUCAAAAAUUGAAGUCUUGCGCUGUAUAAAUAUCGCGUUAUUAUGUGUCCAAGAAGAUGUUGAACUAAGACCUUCGAUGGCUUCAGUGGUCCUCAUGCUGAAUAGUAACUCGGUUGUUUUACCUUUGCCGCAAAAUCCCCCCUUUGUGUCUCAGUAUAGAGUUAGACAUGAUAUGCCAAUGCCAGAAUCAGAUACUAGUAGUGGUAUGAUUUGGCCUGCUGAAACUUCACUUAUUACUGUUGUACAUCCACGAUAAAGUUAGCUAUGUAUAUAUGUCCUUCAAUGACUAGGUUCAAAUUUAUUGCAUAAUAUAUUUACACAUGUUUACACUUACUAUGCAAGGAAAAGCUUUUCUGUAGAUAUUUAAUUGAUGUAAAGGUUAAUAGAGUUAUUUUGGAUUAA